AAUUAAAAUUCACAAAGACAAUCCACCUCUCCACGUACGUAAUACCAGACGAAGUUUUGAUUAUUUGAUGGUGAAAAGUGUGAAUAAAAUUGUAAAAGCAUGUCUCAGAAACAUAUUUACUACUCAGAUAAAUAUUACGAUGAAUGUUUUGAAUAUAGGCAUGUCAUAUUGCCCAAGGAUAUAACCAAACUAGUUCCCAAGACGCAUUUAAUGACUGAAACUGAGUGGCGAGGGAUUGGUGUCCAACAAUCUCAGGGAUGGAUCCACUAUAUGACACAUGAACCAGAGCCACAUAUUCUUUUGUUUAGAAGGCCAAAGACACAACCACUGCAGACAUUACAAGAUAACAAACAGAACAGGUGAAAAGCUAAGACAAGGCAGCAGAUCUACUGCGACUUGUAAAAGACAUUGUAACAAUGUAAAUAUAGUAUUACCUCAUGCACAAGGUGGCAACAAAGGAAAACAGAAGUAUGUACCAUGACUGACACAAAAUAAUUUUUUGAAUGCAGUAUUUUAUUUCAUACCAGUGGACAACUUUCUAUCAAGAAAUCUCAUAAUUUAUUCUGGGAACAUGCAGGAAAGUGCAACAUUAGUUACUUGGAUGUCUGCAACUGGUCUAACAACUUUUGUUAAAAAUAAAUAAUAUAUGUAUUUAAAAGUAUGUCCCACCUGAUAACUUAAGUAGCCAGCAGAUCUAACAGAUUUCCCUGUCCCUGUUUUUAAUAAGGGCUGAAUUAUGUAGGUUAUUUCUUUUAAUGUAGUAGUAAAUAGUAUUAGUUAUUUGUUAUCUAGAAGUGGUUUCUGUGAAUUACACUGUUUUCGAACAUAAAUUUAAUUUCAACAAAAUAAAUUGUCUGACAUUAAUGAUAUUUGGAAUACAUUAUAUAACAUUUAGUUAUUUAAUUUGUUGCCUAGAAGUGGUUUCUGUGAAUUAUACUGUUUUAGAACAUAAACUUCAGCAAAAUGAAUUGUCUGACAUUAAUAUUUUGAAUACAUUAUUUAACAUUUAAUUAUCUAGAGGAAGUCAUAUGGUAGAACCUACCUCCUAUAUGUUACAGAAA